CCAGAGUUAAAUGAAGAUUGUUCUCUUCUGAACCCGUUUGUGUAAAGGAAACUGAAUUUUAGCUACGAGUCGUGUUUGCUCAUUGGUUCCAUUCCAGUGAGCUCAACACAACACGCACCACCCCGUAGACUUUGAAUUGGAAAAUCAACGCCACUUGGGCGACUUUAUUAUUAUCCCUUAUUCAGAGGAAGCCGCAACAACAACAACAACAAGAAGCUUCGACCCUUUUAUCAUGGAAUCGUGGCCGUAACGCCACCUAUUCCAUCCACUUUCUCUUUCCCCUCGCAGUUUCCAACAAUUGGAGGAAUCGGCGCAAUCGAUUCAUGGGUCUCGUGACGAAUCAGCGAGGCUCCAGAGCAGAGGCGGCCCAAGAGGGCCCACCCGUUGUGGGUUCGGGCGGGGCGGCGGGGCCCAAGAGGAGAUGGACCAAUCUCAUGCCUCUCGUCGUGGCCUUUGUCGUCAUUGCGGAGAUCGCGUUUCUGGGUCGGUUGGAUGUGGCCAAGAACGCAGCCAUGGUAGACACUCUCGCUGACUUCUUCUACCGCUCCCGUGUCCCCUUUGAAGGUGACGAUUUGGACUUCGUUGUGUCGGGUGCUGAUCGGAAUUCUCAAUCGGGGACCUGCGAGGAGUGGUUGGAGAGGGAAGAUGCUGUUGCGUAUUCGAGGGACUUUGCCAAAGAACCGGUUUUUGUUUCUGGAGCUGAUCAGGAGUGGAAGUCCUGUUCGGUGGGAUGUAAAUUUGGGUUUAGUGGGGAUAAGAAACCUGAUGCUGCAUUUGGGUUACCUCAACCAAGUGAAACAGCUAGUGUUCUGCGAUCAAUGGAAUCAGCACAAUACUAUGCUGAAAACAAUAUUGCCAUGGCAAGACGAAGGGGAUAUAGCAUUGUAAUGACGACCAGUCUAUCAUCUGAUGUUCCUGUUGGAUAUUUUUCUUGGGCUGAGUAUGACAUUAUGGCACCAGUGAAGCCAAAAACUGAGAGUGCUCUUGCGGCUGCAUUCAUUUCCAAUUGUGGUGCUCGGAAUUUCCGGUUGCAAGCUCUUGAAGCCCUUGAAAAAUUAAACAUCAAGAUUGACUCUUAUGGUGGUUGUCAUAGGAACCGUGAUGGAAAUGUGAACAAAGUGGAAGCCUUGAAGCACUACAAAUUUAGCUUAGCAUUUGAAAAUUCUAACGAGGAAGAUUAUGUAACUGAAAAAUUCUUCCAAUCCCUUGUUGCUGGAACUGUCCCUGUGGUUGUUGGUGCUCCAAAUAUUCAGGAGUUUGCUCCUGCUAUUGGUUCAGUUUUACAUAUUAAAGAGAUAGAGGAUGUCGAGGCCGUUGCGAGGUCCAUGAGACACCUAGCAGAAAAUCCUGAAGCAUAUAAUCAAUCAUUGAGGUGGAAGUAUGAGGGGCCAUCUGAUUCCUUCAAGGCUCUUGUCGAUAUGGCAGCUGUACAUUCAUCCUGCCGCCUUUGCAUUCACUUGGCCACAUUGAGUAGAGAGAAGGAAGAAAAUAGUCCAGACUUUAAGAAACGCCCUUGCAAAUGCACUAGAGGGUCAGAAACUGUAUAUCAUAUUUAUGUGAGAGAAAGGGGAAGAUUUGAAUUGGAGUCCAUUUACUUGAGGUCUAGCAAUUUAACACUGGAGGCCUUGAAGUCUGCUGUUGUUUCGAAGUUCACAUCCCUGAAUCAUGUACCUAUAUGGAAGUCAGAAAGACCUGAAGUUCUAAGAGGGGGCAAUGAUUUAAAACUUUACAAAAUAUACCCAGUUGGCUUGACACAGAGACAAGCUCUUUAUACCUUCAGCUUCAAAGGGGAUGAGGAUUUAAGGAGUCACUUGGAAAGCAAUCCUUGUGCGAAGUUUGAAGUCAUUUUUGUGUAGCAUGUGCUAAUGGCCGCUCUGAUCUAGAUGAAUAGCUUCACUUAGCUGAGUGCUAUAGUUUUAGAAAUGAGUAUGGCAUGGAAUUGGCAUGGCUUUAUUAAUGCCUAGCUUCGUGGCCAACUCAUUGAUGAUUUAUAUUCAGAAGAUAUCUUAUAAACUCGUUUGUGUACAAGAAGUGAAAGAUCCAUAUUUAAUGCUUAGUUACAGUGUUUUUAUCUGAUCAUUUAGAAAAGCCAUGUGAUGGAGAAAUUGGACAGCAUGACGGUUCUUGUAUACUGUGCAUGAAAAACUGAAUUUAAUGGAAGCACCAGUUGGGUGAAAACUACUGGAGAAACUUGAGAUAACAUAAA